AACUUUACAGUCAACAGCGUCCAUCAUCGUCGCCAACGUCGACAGCAGCUCUCUCCACCCUCCUUUAGACGAUGAACGCGCCCCUCGUUCACGGCCACGACCAGCCCCGCAAAGCCCUCCCGAACCCGGGCGCAGACAAGCUGCCGCCGCCGCCCCCAGGCGAACAUCAGAACGGCUACCAGCCUCCAGCCCCGCCUCCAAAAUUUCACUUCGACCACCAGCCGCAGUCGCCACAGCUCUCGCUCUCGCCGCCCUUGCUCGACCGUUCUCCCUCGCUGGACAACUUAGGCCGAGAUCUUCAUGCACUGCCUCCGACGCCCACUAGCCCCUCCGCAUCCUCAAUCUCGGGCGAGGCGCGCGUCAAGAAGUCAAAUCCGCUAAUUGACCUCAUCGAGACUGAGAAAGUGUACGUUGACCAGUUGACGGGCAUAAUUAGGAAAGUUGCGUCGGCAUGGUCCCGAUCCAAUCUACCCCCUCCCGACCUCGACAUUAUGUUUCGCAGUCUUGAGGCCAUAUUCAAAGCGAACCGCUCUCUCCUCGCACGCCUCAAAGAAAUUGGCACAAACCCUUCGUCACCGAAAGCACUCGGAGACUUGUUAAUGCGAUGGAUCGACGAACUCGAACCGCCCUAUACGGCCUACUGUGAACGUUUCUGCUCUGGCUUUGAUACUUGGGAUCCCGUCAGAUCAAAUGAUCGUCUCCCCACCAUGCUCGCCUCUUUCUCCGUCGUCAACCCUCCUCCAAUCCCUCCGACAGGUCCCGCUCACCCUUCAGAACCACCCAUAUGGACGCUCGACGAACUCUUUCUCAUUCCAAAAGCACGGCUGAAGUACUACAGGAAGCUCUACGGCCGCCUUCUCAAGGGAACCCAACCCGGAAGAAGCGAUCAUCGGCUACUCGUCGGCGCUGCGGACAAGUUGGACAAGCUCGUCGCUUUGGUCGACAGCCGUGCGGGUAUCAGGCCUACCCGUACAUUGCCCCCUCCAAUAGAGACAGAGGACGAGGUCGUGAUUGGAGGCUCGUUUCGCGAGUCGCAUGAUGGACGUGGUGCCGCGCUGCCACCACCGCCAGAACCCGACUUUGCGCACGGAAGCGAUUCUAGCUCGGCUCGUGGUUCGAAUUCAUCAAUCCCGGUGAGGUCGUCUGCGGAUACGGGGAACACGUCUCUUCAUGGUCGAUCAGAACACGGUGUUCUUUCAAUACCCAUAUCUGAUCUCGAACGCCGUUUGAGCACCGACCGAUGCUUGGAUAUCUUCACGAUGAAACCAAAGCAAGUGAAGCUUCAAAUGGAUCCGCCCUCGCUCUCUUUCAAGAGGGAGAUGAGGGUUUCAGCGGAGACCUAUAUUCGCUUCGUGCCGCGUUCGACAGGCGUAGAGGUUUCGCAUCCUCGCGGGCGCAUCUUCAUCUUGUCAGACCUGUUCCUCACAAGCGAGCUGAUACCCAGUCACGAGAGAAAUUCAGACGCCGAUAUGUGGCUCUUGUACCCUCCAUUAGCGGGGAAACAUCUCAAGGUCGCGGCCGUUGACGGUCAAGAUAACGCUGUGCAGGUCACCAUCAUGCGCAAGGAGAAACUGAUACUCGAGUUCGAGUCUCGGCAAGUUAGAGAUAGAGUGAUGUCAGAGUUCCUGGAAUGUAUCGAGUUCGCCACUGCCAUUGCCCCUUCAAGUAAACACCCCGUGCCACCGCUUCCUAACCUUAACGGUCUUCCAAAAUCCCCAUCCGCACCUCUGGGUCCACCCCGAGAACCGCCACCUUCCUCCAGUUCCACACCAGAUUUCCACUCUAGCAACAGUCACAGUCAUAGUCAUAGUCACAGUCAUAGCCGAAGCCCACCACCUCCAGGCGGGGCCACAUCGCCGGUCACCAGCCCCCUCAUGAGCGCCUUCCAAAACGCGAGGAUCUCGUCGAGUAGGGACUCGGAUCCAGUACCCCGGAGCGGCGCAGGGACGCCAAUGUCCUCCCGCUCUGGUCGCGACUCGUCGAAGCUGUCGUCUCCUCCUGGAGGAAUUGGAAUAGGUGGUGGUGGUGGCCAGGAAGUGAUGCAGCGGGAUGGGGCGCAGAGAUCGCCUUCAAUCACGAUGCACGAGUCGCCUGCGGGGCCGGGAUACCCGAGACGGACGUCUUCGCAAGCACAACAUUUCCAGGCUGGCUUGCCUUCGCAUCCUGGUCCUGGUCCUGGUGGGCCAUAUCCCCCACCGCGGGGUUUCGGACCCGGACAGGUCAUGCCUCCAGGACCCGGGCAGGUCAUGCCCCCAGGACCCGGACAGAGUUUCGGACCAGGUCAGAUCAUGCAGCCCGCUCCAAGACAGAUGCCAGGACCGGGACAGAUCAUGCCUCCAGGACCCGGGCAGUUCAUGCCGCCUGGCCCUGGUUCGUUCAUCCCACCCCAACGGGCAGGCAGUGCCGGCCCACUCGGUGGUUCACGACCUCCCGGGCCUUAUCAACAACAACAGCAACAACAACAACAACCUUUCGGGAAUGGAAGGCCGCCCCCUCAGCCAGGUCAAGGUUAUCAUCCAGGUGGUGGUCCUGGUGGUCCGCCGAAUCCGCCUUAUGCGUCCGUACCGCCCCGUGCGCCUUCGGAUCCUUCGUUCCAGGGCGGAGUGAGGAGAGUACAAUCGAAUCAUUCGCUCGCGAGCCAGCAUCAGAAUCAGGGAGGAGGAGGAGGAGGGUUCAAUCCCAAUGCGCCGCCGAUGCCACCACAGCAACAACCAGGGCAAUUUCCUCCCCGUCAAGAAUCGCUCCCACCGCUCCAUGCGCCCCAAGCCCGUGCGCUCCUCCCGUCCACGCACAUGUCCACCCGCGAAGUCUCUAUGGCCGCACAAUCGUUCGACGAGCCUAGUCCGCCCGGCUCGCCUGUAUUCGAGACGCCGGUGCACACCGGGCCCGUGACGACGACGGUCAGCGCGCAGAUGAAGUGCAAGGUGUUCUUGAAGCAGCAGCACGCGCAGUGGAAAUCGUUAGGCUCGGCGAAACUGAAGCUGUUCAGGCAGGACCCGACGAACGUGAAGCAGCUCGUGGUCGAGGCGGAGGAUAAGAACAAGUCGAUGUUGAUUUCGACGAUCGUGCUGGCGGAUGGGGUGGAGAGGGUGGGUAAGACGGGCGUGGCGAUUGAGUUGAGCGAUAAUGGGGCACGGACGGGGAUUGUGUAUAUGAUUCAGUUGAGGAAUGAUAAGUCGGCGGGAGGGUUCUUUGAGAUGUUGAUUCAGGGGUCGGAUAGGUCGGGGCGGUGAGAUGAGAUGGGAUGGAGGUGGAGCGGAUGGGUGGAUGGAUUGGUGCUUGUGGAGGUGUUGAGGCUUUGUUACGGGAUUGGGCAUCCUAUCCUUUUUUUUUUGUGGUCGGUCCGCGGACGAUUCUCAGGUAUAUUUCUUAUGAUGUUGUCUUUUGUCUCCUUGUCCUUGUCCUUUGCCUUUGGGACUGUUGUCUGUCUGUUUGUCUGGCAUACCCCAUUGUCUUUCUUCUGACUACGCAGAGCGCAAGCAACUUCCUUCUUUCUUCCUUCCCUUCCUUUCCUUCCUUACCCUUUCUAGUUUUGCCCGCUUGUCCCUGAGUUCUCUUCGUUAUCAUACAAUCCUACACGACGCCGCGAGAUAUCGAGUCGGCUCGUGUUCGUAAUUAUUGUUCGUUCAUCUUUUUUUUGUUCUUCUGUUUCUUUCCUCUUAAUUUUAGCUGCACUUUGCUCUCUUCUCUAGUCCAUUCACAUAUCUAUACAUCGCAUCUGAAUCGUCAUUCAUUCAUUCAUUCAUUCAUUCAUUCGAUCAUUCAUUCGGCAUUCAACGUUUCAUCCUGUCUACGUUUUCUCUUCGCCAUCGCCCUCACUCAAUGCGCGGCAAGGUCCCACCUCGUCGGUAUUCGAGAAUUCAUACAUACCGAACCUGUUACUCGUACAUACCAUAUCAUACCAUCAUACCUUUUUCACACCCC